GGAGUCCAUCCGCAGGAGCAUCUGGGAGAAGAACAUGCUGAUGAUUGAGGCCCACAACCAGGAGUACGAGCUGGGGAUCCACACCUACGAACUGGGCAUGAACCACCUGGGAGACAUGACAAAAGAAGAGAUUGUGGGGAACACGAGGGGCUUUAGACCGGUAACGUAUGCUGAGCUCAACAACACCUUUCAUCCUGAAUCUGGAUCCCGUAACGCCUCCUUGGACUACCGUAAAAAGGGUUAUGUCACCUCUGUGAAGAAUCAAUUACCAUGUUCUUCAUGUGGCUGGGCCUUCAGUGCAGUGGGGGCCCUGGAGGGUCAGCUGGCCAUGACAAGGAAGAAUAUGGUGGCGCUCAGUGCCCAAAACCUGCUGGACUGUGUGCAGAAAGAGUCAGUUGAGAUGGAAUUGAAAUUAGCCUAUGCCUUUAUGUAUGCCCGUGACAAUGGUAUCGCCAGUGAGAAAGCCUACCCUUACAAACACAUGAAAGAUGCAAAGUGUAUGUAUCAUAACUCCAUGAAGGCGAUCACGUGCCGAGACUUCAUGACAUUUCAACCAGAGAGUGAGAGUGUGCUUGCUGAUAAUUUGAACAUGAAUGGCCCAAUGUCUGUGGGUUUUGAUGCAAGCCAGCCAGCUUUUCAGUUUUACAAAAGUGGUACAUAUUCUGAUUUCUACUGCAACCCUGACAAGUUGACCCAUGCUCUCCUCUUAGUUGGUUACACCCCGGAUGCCUGGAUUGUCAAGAAUAGCUGGGGCGAGACAUGGGGUGACUCUGGCUAUGUUUACGUUGAGAGGGAAAAAAACACCUGUGGCAUCGCCAACUUCGCCAGCGUUCCUGUCUGUGAUGAUUUCAAAGAAACAAAUAAACCAUGAUUUCCCCCAAUUAAAUCAAAAUGAAAUGAAAAUGUUUUGAUGUCUGAUGCCUGCUAACAUUCUGAGGAGUUAAUAAAUUUACUGCAUUUUUUUUAUAUCUGUCCCAUUUAUCUGUUGUUUUCUUAUACACAACACAAG